UCUCUCUCCUUUCAUUUUCACUACUUCUUCGUCUCUCUCUCUCUCUCUCUCUCUCUCUCUCUGUAUCCCUUGUGUGUCGGUGAUCAGAUCUCGUGCCGACGAAAACGUGCGUCUAAAGCAAUGCUGUUCGCACUCUGCUAUCUUCAAUUCCUCGAUUUAUCUUGAACUGCGAUUGUUUGUUGUUGUUUCGAUUUCGUUGGGGGUAAUUGGGUGAAUUAGAGAGGUGAAUGAGAAAUUCGCCUGCGAUUCUGUCUCUGUCGGUGAUCGAUUGCCGGAGCAGAACCAGGUCGGAUUCUAGCUUCGCCAUUUGGAGUAGUGGUCGAUGGGGCCAAUGCGGCUGAUCUGAAUUUCUAUUUCCCUCCCCCCAAUUCAGAUCGAAUUCUAGGGUUCUUCUAAUUCCUGGGUUUUUAGUCUGUGUUUCAAUUGAGUCACGAUGCAGCAAGAUAAUCGCAAAAAGAAUAAUCUGGAGAUGGAGUUCUUUUCUGACUAUGGCGAUGCCAAUAGAUUUAAAGUUCAAGAAGUUAUUGGAAAAGGCAGUUAUGGAGUUGUUUGCUCAGCUAUAGACACUCUUACGGGUGAGAAAGUCGCGAUAAAGAAAAUUCAUGAUAUUUUUGAGCAUAUUUCUGAUGCUGCGAGGAUUCUACGUGAGAUUAAACUUCUUAGACUCCUAAGGCAUCCAGAUAUAGUUGAAAUUAAGCACAUUAUGCUUCCUCCUUCACGAAGAGAAUUCAAAGAUAUUUAUGUUGUCUUUGAGCUCAUGGAAUCGGAUCUUCAUCAAGUUAUUAAAGCCAAUGAUGAUUUGACUAGAGAGCAUUACCAGUUUUUCCUGUAUCAGUUAUUGCGUGCACUGAAGUACAUUCACACAGCUAAUGUCUACCACCGAGACCUGAAACCAAAGAACAUAUUGGCAAAUGCAAACUGUAAACUUAAGAUUUGUGAUUUUGGAUUGGCAAGGGUUGCAUUCAAUGAUACCCCCACAACAAUCUUCUGGACUGACUAUGUUGCUACCAGAUGGUAUAGAGCUCCAGAGCUUUGUGGAUCUUUUUACUCUAAGUAUACACCCGCAAUUGACAUCUGGAGUAUAGGCUGCAUUUUUGCGGAGGUGUUGAUGGGUAAACCACUUUUCCCUGGAAAGAAUGUGGUUCACCAGCUGGAUCUUAUGACUGAUCUGCUAGGGACACCUUCCCUGGACACCAUCUCACGGGUGAGGAAUGAGAAGGCAAGGAGGUACUUAACAAGCAUGAGGAAAAAGCCACCCAUUCCGUUUGCACAGAAAUUCCCAAAUGCAGAUCCUUUGUCUCUGAAGUUGUUGGAGAGGCUUCUUGCUUUUGAUCCAAAAGACCGGCCAACUGCUGAAGAGGCACUUGCUGAUCCAUAUUUUAAGGGAUUGGCAAAAGUGGAAAGGGAGCCUUCAUGUCAACCCAUCACGAAGAUGGAAUUUGAGUUCGAGAGAAGAAAGGUCACUAAAGAGGAUAUAAGAGAGCUAAUUUCUAGGGAGAUACUUGAGUACCACCCUCAGCUGCUUAAAGAUCAUAUGAACGGGGCUGAUAAAGCCAGUUUUCUCUACCCAAGUGCUGUUGAUCAAUUUAGAAGACAAUUUGCGCAUCUUGAAGAAAACAGUGGUAAAACCGGCCCUGUGGCACCUCUAGAAAGGAAACAUGCCUCUCUUCCCAGAUCAACGGUCAUACACUCAACCGCAGUAGCACGAGGAGGACAACCAAAACUUAUGAAUAACACAAACACAUUGAACCCUGAAACUACUCAAAACAUUCCUUUUAAUCAUGCAACAAUACAAGCACAACAAAGAAACCUCUCAGGUACUUUUAAUCACUCAUCCUGAAUCCAACAGCAAUGUGUCCAAACUGACCUCUAUAAACUGUAAAACAUCUAUCUACACGCAGCAGCCAAACCAAGCACAUUCAUGGGCCCGGUUGCACCUUUCGACAAUGGCAGAAUCAGCAGAGAUGCAUAUGACCCGAGAUCAUUCAUCCGGAGCACUAAUCUCCCCUUUUCACAACAAUCUGCUGCAACAGUCGCCAUGGGAAAGCAGCAAGAGAGAAGAACAACUAUGGAGCCUGAGAAGCAGGCAAGACAAAUAUCUCAGUAUAAUAGAUAUGCACCAGAUGUAGCCAUCAACAUAGACAACAACCCGUUUAUCAUGGCUAGAACGGGAAUGAACAAAGCCGAAAACAUCAGUGACCGGAUCAUAAUCGACACAAAUCUGUUACAGGCAACUGCCGGAAUAGGAGUCGCAGCGGCAGCUGCAGCAGCUGCUCCUGGUGGUUCUGCUCACCGGAAAGUUGGAGCUGUUCGGUACGGUAUGUCAAAGAUGUACUAGUUCUCCACCUAAGCUGGGCUUUCAUCACACAGAACAUUGUAUGUUUCCAUCUUCAUGUCAUAAAAGAAAAUUGUCUAUGACACAAAACCAUAUGAGCAAAAAAUAUUUUUUUUAUUAAUUGUGAUCCAUCAUUUGUUUGUUUUUUCUAUUCCGACAAAUAAAUAAAUGGAUGUUAGAUUCUGGUAUAUAUAACAAGAAAGGUUGAGAGUUUUUCACGUUUAAAAGAACCGCUGGCUACAGAAGAUGGAUCAGUGUGGAUGCGCAUGGUGAUGAUGAUGAUGGUUUCAUGGCACAUCCAAACGCAUGUGGUGGUGGGAACCCAUAUCACAGGCACCACUUUGUUCUUCCAAAUGUCAGUAGAAACAGAAAGGUGCAUUGUCACUUGAUCAUAUCUUUAAAC